UCACAGAGCCACCAGUGGUCUCUCAAAAUAAGCGUUAGCUCGCCAAUUCAGCUGAUUUAUUUUCUGUGAAAGUGUAAACUCUAUAGAAAAGUGGGAUUUUGCAGUUCAGCUCCUGUCUUCCAGCAUCUUUGACAUCUGUUAAGAUCGAGAAGUCUUGCGCUAAAAGAUGGAAUUAAGCAGCUCUAAACUUACAGCUUGUGUGAUUACUGUCCUUCAGCUCCUGAGAGUGGUGACAUCAAAUCGAAUCCUGUUGUCAUGCAGCUUUGAAACAACAUGUGGGUUGAGUUAUACUGCUAAAUCUCAAUUCUACUGGUCACGUGUCAGUGGAGCCACACCCAACCAGUACACCGGCCCCUCAAACGACCACACGUUUGGGAACAGUUAUGGCAAGUACAUCUACGCCCCGUCCAGCCGGAAUGAAUACGACUUCGGCCGGCGGAGCACCCUCUACUCGCCCGCCUACCGGCUGACGUCCGGGAAGGGCCGCCUGGAGUUCUACUACCAUAUGUGGGACGGGCUUCGGCCCGACGACAUGGGCAGUCUGAGCGUCUACGUUUGCGGGGACGACUCCCCGCUUUGGAUCCGCCGACAAAACCAGGACAACCGAUGGAGGUGGACUGGCCUGUUGGAAUUCUCCUGCGACCAACAAUUCCGGGUCUUCUUUGUGGCAUCUCGUGGAAAGUAUCAAAGCGAUAUAGCCAUCGAUGAUCUUAUCAUCACGGACAUCUUCGACGAUCCAACCACGCCCAUUAUAACAACGGUCCCUCCCACCACAACGCCCACCAUUACCACGGCACCUGCAACAACUACUCCAUCCAUCAUCGCACCCGCACAACGGACGACGCCCAACCCACCACCAUCCACCAAACCAACCACUGUCGCAUCGACUGCAGUUACUCCCACAACCGUAGCUGAAACUCCACAGCCGCAAUCGACCCCUGGGCCAACAGCCACCCCAUCCACAGUAUCUGCAGCCGGAACGCCGGCAUCCACCGGGGCACCGAGAACAGCGCCAUCAGCGACGGAUGUGCAGACAGAGGGUCCUCCAACCACAGUGGCAAAUAAAGAAACUUCGUCAUCCAUCAGAAAGGCAGACAUACAAACGUCAUCUGCGUCCAAUAACUUUUCAACUAUAAGUGUAAGCGUGGGCCCCAACUUACAAAGCGGAUCAUCCUCCCCUUCUUUCAUUGGUCCCAUCGUUGUGGUUUGUGUGGCUCUGCUAUUCGUUGGCCUUACUCUAUGUCUCGCCAUGAAGAGAAAAAAGAGCAGAUGCAAGAACACCACCCUUUCAAACACAGACAAGGAAGUCAAGUAUACAGUUGAGAACCCGUCAUACGGUGGUGUGAACUCGAUCGCUGUCACCGGUGACUCGAGACAACCCAACAGCUACAGCUACCAGGAGUUAAUGCGCUCACAAAGCGGCUGUGAAGACGGCGAACGGGAGGGCAAGUACAACACUGUCGACGGCGGGGAUGCCGGUCUGAUGGGAUGGCAAGGCCACCAAGAGGACAGGGAGGAGGCAGGCGCCCCCAAGCGGCGCGGGGAGUCAGUCCUGUAUGCGGCCAUUCCCGACCAGGGGGGCGCGAAUGAAUAUUCGUACGCGUACCCGAAUCCAGGCGGGAGUCGCGGCGGACUGUCAUCAGCAGGCAGGGGGGUUGGACCGCGAAUGGCGACUCCGGGAAGGGCGCAGUGGGACCUCGAGGAACGAGAAUACGCGGCGGUCUCUGAUCCCGUAAACAAACCCGGUCAUGAUGACGGUGGGGCGGCUGGCGCGUACGGAAUGGUGGACAACCAAUUUUAUAUCCCUUUCAAAGAAUAAGGCAUUUUGAAUCGUAGGCCUAUUGCAUGCAUUGACAUUAAUGCUUCAAACUUCUUCCUUGGAAAGGUCCAAUGUAGUCCCACGUGUAGGCCUACUCAAUUAACUAUUGAACUUCGUCACUCCAUCCAUCCCAUACUCUGUCCGGUCGAGGCGGAAAGUUUUUCUGACUCACUAGUUGUCAUUUGCCUGUGUUUUACGUACGUAUACUUCAGUACCGGCUAUUUCAUAAUUAUUUUGUCGGGCUACAUUGCUCAAGACAGCAGAAGAUACUCUAGACCCCAAAACUCACCCAAACAACUAAUAGUGAAUAGUGAAAGCACUCGAGAAUACUUUGCAUUGUAUGUAGGCUAAAAGUAUAAAAACAAGAAUAGUGUUUGUAUCGAUGUAGGCCCUAUAGUAUUGGAGAAAUAUAUCUUAACUUAACCAUUUUGGAACAAAUAUUUAUGAGCUCUUUUUUGAAAUAGUUUUAUAAUAUGAGGAGGUUUGGCGAUGAUUAGUUGCCACUGAAUAUGAUCAUACAGUUUCCUCUUUAAUGGGGGGUUGCAACUGCUGAAUACUCCGCACUGCCUCGUUCAUGGUGUCCGUACGCCGUAGUAAAGUAAACCUCCUCUGUAGUUAACUAUCUUUAUGAUUGUUUUGUACUAUUUUGAUAAUCAUGUGGUGCAAUUGGGAAAUUGAGAAUAACUCAGUUUCUUUUGGCCAGGCUCUUUGUUAUUUCUCUUACGUUUAUUUGAGCAUUCCAGAGCGCAGUAGUGAUAACUUCGCUAUAAACUUCGUCCUCUUUUGUAUCGUUGACAACCACCUUUAAUGAGGGUCUAGAAUAGUUCAUUUUUCGUCUUUAGAAAUAAUUUAUCGGGACAGUUAUUAUAAUACAGAUUUCUGAAAUAUUUACAUUAAUCACUAGGAGAUGUUAUACUGUUGCCGGAAUAUCCAAAUCUCUACGAUUUCUGACGCUAUUCUGGGCUCGAUUCUGGGCGCACAGUCGAUCGCGACAUUAUGUUCUACAUUGAGUAUUACAUGUUAUGCGGGGUACCAUGUAUAGCCAUGCACUAUUUACACGCAGCUUGGGAUAUGGCUCUGCACUAUAGCCAUGUAGUACCACCCUAUUAGCACCCGAAGUCACCUAUAAUUUAUUUAGUAUUUAAUCGCACACAAGCAGAAUCUUACCUUUAAUGGUUCUUUUGAUCAUAAUUGAAGGUUAAUGGAUAGACUGCUCUGUGACAAAAUGAGGAUUUUAAUCAAAUAAAAUGUAACGUGAGGGCGUCGCGAUUAAUUGUUCGCGAUAUGAAGGAAGCUGAAGCGAGGCGACAGUCAGAGUUGCAUCCGGUCACAGAAAGAAGCCGGAUUGUUAGAUGAGUUGAAAUGUUCUGCACUCCUUUUAUUCCUUGUUAUCUUAGAGAACAGAUCAGAGCCUCUGUGUAGAAAUUUAAAACUGCACCACUGCCUCCAUAUUCACGGGGUUAUUAACUUGCAAGAACAUAAACUCAGUACCCGAAGCACCAUCAA